AGCUCCCAAGGAAGCUCGAAGCAAAAUUGGUUUCUUUGGGGCUUGUCAGAACCGCCUCUUUCACAAAAAUCCCAAAAGUAUCUCAAGGCACCAAGUUUGAAAUAACUGUAUUCUUUGUUCGGUUUCUCCCCCCCACCACCGCCCCCAACCAGCAUAUCAAAAUUUUCCUUCAAAUGGCUUCCAUCAAGCUUGCUUCUGGAUAUGAUAUGCCACUUGUCGGAUUUGGUCUUUGGAAAGUUGAUCAAAACACCACCGCCGAUACAGUAUACCAUGCCAUCAAGACCGGAUAUCGUUUAUUUGACGGAGCAUACGACUACCAAAACGAGAAAGAAGCUGGCGAGGGAAUUAAGAAGGCUAUCGUUGAUGGGUUAGUGAAAAGGGAGGAAAUAUUUGUGACAACGAAGUUAUGGAACAAUUAUCACAAAAAGGAACAUGUAGAAGCAAUGGGAUAUGCACAACGGGAUGCCUGGGGACUGGAUUAUAUUGAUCUUUACCUGAUACACUUCCCUGUGGCGCUCAAAUAUAUUGAGCCAGAAAAGCUGCGAUACCCCGCUUGGUGGGGAGAUUCAGAACACAAAACAAUCGAGCUUGACAAAGUCCCCAUUAUGGAAACAUGGAAAGCUUUGGAGGAGCUCGUUGACCAAGGGGUGGUUCGCUCAAUCGGAGUCAGCAACUUCUCAACGCAACUGCUUUACGACCUCCUCUCAUACGCCCGCCAUCCCGUCUCAAGCUUACAGGUCGAGCAUCACCCAUAUCUCGUUCAAGAUACCCUUAUCACCAUGGCUCAAGAGGAGGGAAUCGCCGUAACCGGAUAUAGUACUUUCGGUCCUCAAUCUUUCAUGGAGUUACCACCAUCGUUCCGCGCCAGAGCUGAUAGUGUCCCUAUGUUGUUUGACCAUCCAGUAAUUCAGAAGAUCGCAAAGGCCCACGGUGUUUCACCUGGCAAGGUCCUUCUUCGCUGGGCUACGCAGAGGGGAAUUGCUGUCAUCCCCAAGUCUAACAACAAGGCACGCUUACAGCAGAAUCUCGAGGUGAAUAGCAUUAGCCUGGAAAGAGCAGAACUUGAAGAAAUAAGUGGCCUGGACAAAGGGCUCCGUUUCAACGACCCUGGUUUCUAUCUUGCGAAACCAAUUCGCAUCUUUGAUUAAAUUAUUGGAAUUUCCGAUUCACGAUUUUCGAAAAUGGUAGAAAAUUCAUAUCAAUCACCCAAUCGUCAGCACCUGUUAUCAAUUUAAUUUAAUUUCGUGGCAUAUCAGUGCGCGGCAUCUGAUGUGGUCAGCGGGCCUGAAUGCUGCAACAGUCUGUGGUUACUUCUCCACAAUUCUCUGCUCUUAGAUCCAUUCUCG